AAAUUUUACAUCAAUCGUCAAACAUCAAUUAGUACUUUAAAUGAUUUGAUCGAUUAUGCUUUUCAUAUUAAAAAUUAUACAAUCGAUACGGAAGAUCAAUUAAAUAAACCACCAAAAUCAUCUGAUCCUGCACUCAUUCAGGUUCAAUUUAUUCAUGAAAAUGAUCCAUCAAUUAUUUUAUUAAUCGAAGUAUUUUAUUUACUCCCAGAAAAUUCAUUUACAUUUAACAAAAUCAAACAAUUAUGCAAAAUUAUAUUUUCACCAAAUCAUAUUAUUAAUUCCUGGGGUGAUCCAAAAAAAGAAUUAAAAAAAUUUUUACGAUUUAAAUUAUUUGAUGCUGAUGAUAUUGAUUUUAUAAUACCAAAAAAUACCCAGAAUAUAUUCAAAGGUUGGUUCAAUCGUACGUAUCCACAAUCAAUUCAUAUUAAAUAUGGUGCUGGUGAUCAAUACUCAUUACAAUCAGCAAUGUACAUAACAUUCAAUGAAUGGCUUGACAAGAGAAUGACUCUUGCAAAUUGGGGUUGUGGUAUUGAUUUAUUAUUAGCAACUUAUAUAACAAUGAAUGAUUAUGAUGAUAUUAAAGAUAGAAAAAUUUAUGAUGAAAAACAAAUACGUCAAUUAAUGGAAACUUAUGCAAUCAACGACUGUUUUUCAGUUACAAAGCUAAGUCAAAUAAUGAAACAUUUUGAACCAUCUAAACCACCAUUAGAAGAAAAUAAUAUUUAUAUUUUAGAUUGUGAACCAACAGAAGAAGAAACACAAUCAAAUGAAUUAUUAAAUGAUAAUGAUACAGUUGAAUCAGUUCAUGUCUUAGAUGAACGGAUAACUGUCAAUGAUAUAAUGGAAUUAGAUGAACCGGAUUCGAAUGUCGUAUUCUUGGUUCAUGGACAAACAAAUAUAUUAGAUGGUCUUGAAGCUAUUUCAGAAGGCGAAGAACAGCAACAACCAAUACAAAAUUCAAUAUUAAUAAAUAAAGAAAUAAAAACAACAUCGAAACAUCAUUCAACAUCAAAAGAACAAUUAACUAAAACACAACGCAACAACAUAAGAAAACGAGCAGCUCGAUACAAUUUUAAAGUAACUCGUAAAAUUUAUUACAAAUUUACCACUUUAGAUAUAAAAGGAAUAUUAAUUGACAUGAAUAUACAUUGGUUAAAUGUUAAUGUGAUCAAUUCAACAUUAUAUAUAGGUGUGAAGAAUGAAGCAACACGAAAACACGUGGAAAAUCUAUUACACGACGAAAUGUUCACAGAAGCACAUUAUAAAAGAUUCAAUAAAAAACGUUCCCGUCGGAGGAAAAAUUAA